AAUCUCCCGCGUUCCAACUUAAGCGGAAAUAGAAAGCCCUCUUUUCUCUAUUUAAGCGCGCCAACAAAGACCAAUACAGGAGCUCUUUCUGUACUUCUCUCACUGGACACCACACCGCCAGUUUCUUCUCUGUCCAACACUUCCUGUCGUCCUUAAAAAUGCCAGAGGAAAUGUCCGCCGCGUCGAGCUCUGGGAGUGCGGAGGAGAAGCCGUGCUCCUCAUCAGCAGCAGCUGCCGCAGACAGCUCUGUUGACGUCGCGGAGGAGGCAAAGAAGCUGAUUGGCACAGGGAACAGGCAUCUAGUGAUGGGAGAUGUUGUUUCUGCUGUCAGUGUUUUCCAGGACGCCUGUAGCAUGCUGGCUUCAAAAUAUGGAGACACUGCAUAUGAGUGUGGUGAGGCCUUCUUCCUGUGUGGGAAAUCUCUACUGGAGCUUGCCAGGAUGGAGAACAGUGUCCUUGGUAAUGCCCUGGAGGGUGUUCCAGAAGAAUCUGAGGAAGAGGAGCAGCCCAAUGGCUCAAAUAUCGAGAGUGCCAACAAUCUUGAUGAAAAAACUAGAGAUGAGCUACGAAAGCAGGUGUAUGAUGCAAUGGCAGAGAAGGAAAAGACUGAGGCAGUUGGCGCCAAGUUGGAGUCUGUGGAUGGAAAGGGCAACACUGAGGUGAAAGAGGAAAAUGGUGUGGUCAAGUCAGCAGGCACACAUGAUAAUGGAUCAGAGGAACCCUCAAGUUCCCCUGUGAAUGAGAAUGAAGUCCAGAAAGCUCAAGUAAAUGGAGUUGAGAAGAGCCCAGGUGUUCCUGUGAAUGGUGCAGCAGAAAGUCCCACUGCGUCCCCAGGAAAAGAACCUGGGAUGAAGGAAGAAGAUUUGAAAGAGCAGAAUGGUGUGAAGGCAAAGCCAGAGGAAGGAAAAGAUGAAGAAUCCAAGACGGAUGAUGAGGAGCCAGAGGAUGAUGACGAUGAUGAUUAUGACGAUGAUGAGGAUGGAGAGCAAAAUGGACAGGAUAAGGAAGAGGAUGAAGUUGGGAACUUGCAGUUGGCGUGGGAGAUGCUGGAGGUGGCUAAAGUCAUCUACAAAAGAAAGGAAGGCAAAGAUGACCAGCUGAUGGCAGCCCAGGCAUACCUGAAACUUGGAGAAGUCAGUGCUGAAUCAGGUAAUUAUCCCCAGGCGCUAGAAGACUUCCAGGAGUGUCUUGCCCUGCAGCUGAAGCACUUGCCUCCCCACAGUCGUCUGCUGGCUGAGACCCACUACCACGUUGCCACUACACUGUGCUACAUGGAUCAGUACAGCCAGGCCAUCCAGCACUACAACAGCUCCAUAAAAGUCAUUGAGACGCGUCUGGCCAUGUUACAGGAGGUGAUAGACGCAGCAGACGGGGCAGCAGAAGAGAAGAAUGAGCUGGACGAGCUGAAGCAGCUUCUGCCCGACAUCAGGGAAAAGGUUGAAGAUGCCAAGGAAAGCCAGAGAACAGCAAGCGCUGCCUCACAGGCCAUCCAACAGACACUAGGCGGAGCCUCAACCUCAUCAGCAUUCCUAUGUGAAAACGGCGGCCCUUCAUCAUCAUCAUCAUCAUCAGCAUUUGCCACAGCCAGCCAGAUCCCAGUUAAAUCAUCUGACAGCGCCUCUUCUUCCAAAGCAGUCUCGAACAUCUCACAUCUCGUCAGGAAAAAGAGGAAACCAGAGGACGAGAGCCCAGUAAAGGACACUGAUGCUAAACAAGCGAAACAGGAAGCCACAGUUAAUGGCAGCGCUGACUCUAGUGCCAGCAACGGCAAUGGAGUCCAGGAGGGAAAAUCACAGGAGUCUGCCAGCCAGUCGGCCCCCGUCGGGUCUUCAGCAUGACCAUCCUCGUCUCUUUCCUGAUCUUCAAAACCAGCACAGCAUGCCUGUCCAGCCCCUUUCCACUUUCAACACUUUUUGUUUUGUUUUUUGUUUCUGUAAAUAAGAUCCAUUUUCAUAGAUUUGUCUGUCCAGUUUUUUUUGUAUACUUGUAGUAAAAAAUUAAUAAUAAAAAAAAAUUUGCAGCUGUAA